CUUGGCUCCCGUCGCUGGUCUGCGGCGAUUUGGGACAUCCAUCGAGAAGACCGCACCUCCGAGAUUCCUAGAGAGGCCGGCCUGGAGACUGGAGAAGCCGGAAGCCCGGCUCUAGGCACUUCCUGUCCGGUUAUUGUUCUCGCGCCGGAGGCGCGGGGCGUCGGAUCCUGCUGGCCUUUUGCCGUAGUGCUCGUGGGCUCCUGGCGGGCGUCUUCGAGACACGUAGACAGUCUUCAUUUUGGCCCUGGGAAGAAACCUAAGAAGAAGCUUUUGAAACUUAAAAAUUAGAUGGGACUUGAUCUCUGCUGGGCAGCCCCCAGCUAUAAUAAUUCCCCUCCUGAGCAUAGAAGAUGACUGCACAACUGAGAGAGGCCAUGGAUUUAACUGCCUGGGGCUCAGUGACCGUGAAAAAGGAGGAGGAAGAGGAAGAAAACUUCCUGGGUCAGGCAUCCAGUCAGCAAGUGCACUCUGAGAACAUCAAAGUCUGGGCUCCUGGGGAAGGUCCUCAGACAGGCCUUGAUAUAUCAGAACAGGAGGAAAAGGGUCCAAACAUGUUCUGGGACAUGGCUGUCAUCCUGAAAGCAACACAGGAGGCACCUACUGGCUCAACCAUUGGCAGCUACUCAUUACCGGGGACUUUGGCCAAGAACGAGAUACUGGAUACUCAUGGGAUCAUGACCUCUCUCGGUGCUGAAACCAAGAACCCACAGUUACUGGUUCCAAAAACUGAGAUAUGUGAUGAAGCAGAAAAACCCUUCAUAAUAUCAGGAAGAAUCCAGAAAGUUAAUCCUCAAGGACCUGAGUUAGGAGAAGCCUGUGAAAAAGGGAACAUGAUAAAGAGGCAAAGAAUUAAGAGGGAAAAGAAAGGUUUCAGACAUAUGGCAGUGAAGGACUGUCAUGUACCUGAAAGCUUCAAAGUAGAGGAAGAUCAGAAAUGUCAGCAGUCUGGGGAAAGAUAUAGCCUUAGUUCUAGCUCUGUUAAAAAUCAGAAAAGCCAGCCUGGACAGAAACCUUUCACAUGUAGUGUGUGUGGAAAAGGCUUUAGUCAGAGUGCAAACCUUGUAGUGCAUCAGCGAAUCCACACUGGGGAGAAACCCUUCGAAUGUCAUGAGUGUGGAAAGGCCUUCAUUCAGAGUGCAAACCUUGUCGUACAUCAGCGAAUCCACACUGGACAGAAACCAUAUGUAUGUUCAAAAUGUGGGAAAGCCUUCACUCAGAGUUCAAAUCUGACUGUACAUCAAAAAAUCCACUCCUUAGAAAAAACCUUUAAGUGCAGUGAAUGUGAGAAAGCCUUCAGUUAUAGCUCACAACUUGCUCGGCACCAGAAAGUCCACAUUACAGAAAAAUGCUAUGAAUGUAAUGAGUGUGGGAAAACAUUUACUCGGAGCUCAAACCUCAUUGUCCACCAGAGGAUCCACACUGGGGAGAAGCCCUUUGCCUGUAAUGAUUGUGGCAAAGCCUUUACCCAGAGUGCAAAUCUUAUUGUACAUCAACGAAGCCAUACUGGUGAGAAGCCAUAUGAGUGUAAAGAGUGUGGAAAAGCCUUUAGUUGUUUUUCACACCUUAUUGUGCACCAGAGAAUUCACACUGCAGAGAAACCUUAUGAUUGCAGUGAGUGUGGAAAAGCCUUCAGUCAGCUAUCUUGCCUUAUUGUGCAUCAGAGGAUUCACAGUGGAGAUCUUCCUUAUGUGUGUAAUGAGUGUGGGAAGGCCUUCACAUGUAGCUCGUACCUGCUUAUUCAUCAGAGAAUUCAUAAUGGGGAAAAACCUUACACAUGCAAUGAGUGUGGCAAGGCCUUCCGGCAAAGGUCGAGCCUCACUGUGCACCAGAGAACCCACACUGGGGAGAAGCCCUAUGAGUGUGCCAAGUGUGGCGCGGCUUUCAUUUCUAACUCACACCUCAUGCGACACCACAGAACCCAUCUUGUUGAGUAACAGGUACUGGUUACUCCAGGCAUUGAUCGUAAUCCACUAACCCCUAAUUGGAUAUGUCUUUGCUGUUUUGUUCCUCUGUAAAAAUGAGGCUGUCAUGUUCUUAAAAGUAACAGUUUUCAGGAGUAUAUCACAGAACAUAAGCAUUUUGGAGACUGACUUAAAGUGAAAGCUAAGCACUUAAAGGCAGGGACUGUGUUUUUUUGAGGUGUGCCCUCAGUGGUCCUCCUGUUUGAAAUGGAAUGUGGCUUUUUUAGAAAUUGGUUAUAUAAAGCUAAGUGAUAAAGAUCCUAUUUGAGGAAAGGUGUUUUUGAUUUUUUAAACCCAAUUUCUUGAGCAACAGGCAGGUUUUUGGUAUAGGUCUGCUUGGAAUUCUGGAGCUUUGAUCCUUGUAUUCUAGUAUUUUGGGUUAAGAAAUGAUGACUAGUUAAGGAAGCCACUUGGGGUAGCAAAUCAACACUCACCUUUGAACUUUUUUAUAAGCUUUCCAUUCCUUAGGCAAUCUUCUCCUAAAAUGGAUAGAAGUAGGAAAUAGCUGUUUCCCCUGUUGUCUAUACCUCAUGAACCUUGGUAUGGUAAAGCUCUGGGAGGGUCUGACAAACCUCUUCCAUUCUGCAGUCUGAGUGGCCAAGCACUUGAGGAUUGAUGGUGACAAAACACUGGGGCCAGGGUGUAUUCAUUUGCUGACAACUCUUCAUGUGACCCUAACUUCAUUGCAUUCCAUCAGAGUGAGAUGCUUCUAACAGCCCCUUCACAGAGGGGUCAAAGAAUAAAGCUUGCUGAAAGGCCUGUUCACAUUAUCUAUGCUUAUUCUGCUCAGGCCCAGCCAGGGGGGGUUCACUUUGGGUGUCAUUCUCACUUUUUGGCUGGUCUUUAGAAGAAAUAAUGGAGUCCUAAUUUUGAGAGGACCAAAGAAGAAAGUAAAGGGAGGAGGGGAGGUAGAGUGGGACUCCUAAAGUCUUAAUUUUUUUUUUUUUUGAGAAGUUCAACAGUAUUGGAAUGUGAAAACUUAGAAGGAUGAAGAAACUGGCUAAGGUAAGAUAACCUUUGUUACUAUUGAGCCUUUAUUCCUGGAAAAAUAAUUUAUAAAACUAUGCAAUAGGUAGAGUUAUGUAAUAUUGCCUUGUAUUUAUAUAGAACUUAAUUCCUUGUUUAUACACCUUCAAGUAUAGAAUCAAUCCUCAGCACUUCCCUUAAACUUUCACACAGAUCCUUACCUUAAUCCAUAGAACACUGAAAGAGGUGUUUUCCCCAUCUAGCUGAGAGUGAUCAGACAACAAAGAGCAGCCUACAUUCAAAUCCAGGAUUUAAACUAGGUUCUCUGUUCUGCAAUGCUGUGUCUAACCACCUGCAAUCCAGGUCUUCCACAGAGCCUGAGAAAGGGGUGAGGAAGCUGAGAUUUUAGGACGUGCCUUAGGUAGUGUGACCCACAGUAAGCAUCAAAUCAGACUAGGAUUGGAGUCUCCUGGUUGUGGGUCUGUCUCUUCAUCCCAUUCAGCAAGCAAGAACAUAUUGUAAAUGCCCUACCUGCUGACAAGCAAUCUGGUACAACUCGUAGAAGUCCCAUCAUUGGGACUUAACUGGCUCAUUUGUUUUGUAUUUAAGCUCAGGAAGAGGUGUUUGGACACUUUCAUGUAUAGAAGGCGUAAACAAAGCUUGUUUAUUUCCUCUUUCUCUUCCCCUUCAACUAUGGUCUUAAAUCCAAGCAUAUGCACCUUCUUUUCCCAGUUUGCACUCUGAAUCAUACAUAACUAUAAGAAAUUAAUAGGAUUCAAAAGUCAGAAUCAGAAAUGCUCAUGUCCUCUGUGACUGUUCCUGUCCCCCAGAUGAGAAUGGAGAAACCCAAAGAUAACACCAAGUGUUUGCUAAGAUUGGGAACAAGCCUAGGUAUUUACCCCUGCAGGAUCAGGAAGCCCAGUAGAAGAGCAGGUUUGAAGAUUUGGAGUAAAUCUGACCUGGACCUAUCAAGAGACCAAAAGUGUACUUUCCUUGAAAGAUACAAGCCAGGACUUAGGAUCCUUAGGACAGUUAAAUUCUUCUGGUUUCACACUAUGUUCAUCCUAAUUUAAUGCUUUUCGUGGAUGAUUGAGAUUUCCUGGCUAAAGAUUGCUGGUCAUAGGCAACUCAGAAAAGGCUGUGCAGGUGAUUAUGAUGUAAAGCUAGAUUUGAAAAUCACCCAACCUUGCAGUGAAACAGUGAUUUUCACUUGGCUGCAUGUUAGAACAACCUAGUGUACUUAAAUUUUUUUUCCAUUCCCAGGGCCAACUUUUUUUUUUUUUUCCAAUUCUGGAGGGAAACCCUUUGGGGUCACAUUGUGUGACCAAGGUAAUGGCCACUGCAGUCAAGUAAAGUCUGUAGGCCACGAAUGCAUGUGAUCAAAGGUGGAGUAGGAAAGCCCGAGUAAAAUCUGGAUGUGCAGAGUACUCUGUGUGGUUUCGGCAAAACAGGAUACUAACAACAUUGGCUGCACUGGAUGUCCUAUACCUUGGUUGUAAGGAUUCUGUGCCCUAAUUUAUUUGUAUUUUAAGUGAAUAUACCAAACACUUUAUAUAUAUGAGCAAACCAAGUUUUACACAGCAUACUUUUAUAUUCCUCAUUCAACAAAAUGACUUUUUACACUUCUACUGUAUUUCAUCUCCAGGUCUUGGUUUCCACAAAUCUGCACCCAGGUUCAAGACUUCUCCAAUGCUGCAUAAAUUAUGUGAGCCUAGUGGAUUACCAAACAGACCAGAUCCUUAACUAACAACUCUUAUUUCCAGUUAAUUUCCAGACUUUAAAAUAAGUUACUGCUCUCCUUUUUCUGUAUGGUUUCUGAUAGAUGAGAAGUGACUACUACUUGGCACAGUUGGCUUAAGUUUUCAUUUUCCCAAAAGUCAACCCCUUUCUCUCUUGGCUUUUAUUUCUAGAAGCAGAUCAGAACUCUGAAGCCCUGAUUCUUAAGUUGCCAAGAGCUAUCAGAGUUCUAGCUAUCAAAAAUCCAGGCCAACUGAUGAGUACUAAGAAGACAGCCAAGAAGUCAUGGCAACAGUUGUGUAUUAAGGAGAACAUAGUGAUAUGGAAGUGAUGAUAAAGUCUUGUACUUUGGGGGGCACAGGGGAGGAGAGACUCAUUCACACACACACACAACACACACACACACCCCUACACUUACAUGCCUCAGACCCAUGGAUCUCCAAGCUCAGGAAGAGGUGUUUGGACAAAGCUAAUCUUUAUGUUCUGGGUCCCUCCCUCGCCUAGAUAGUUAUCCUUUCAUAUCUGUCACUUUGCUUGCUCUUCCAUCCAGUGUGCUCAAUCUUUCUGGGGUCAUAGUCCCUUUGAGGAUCUAAUGGAGGUUGUAGAUACUCUUCCUGAGACCUGCAGAUAGCACAUUCAGUUUUUCGCUCAUUUGUGGUGGUUUAUAGUCUCCCUAAGGCCAGUUCUUGAAUCCGCUAGGGCCUAAAUGUCUAGUGACAUUAAGAAAUGAGGUCAGAAUCUCUAGAUGUUGCCCAAAUACAAUCUCAAUCUUGCUUUUCCUGGAUUCCCUCCUUAAGCAAAUAGCGUUAUUCAGCACCCAAACUGGAAAUCCAAGAGGUUAUUUCUGGCUUUCUCUGUGUCCUUCUUUCAACAGUUCUUUUCACUCUUUGUGGCAAACAUGGUGCUAGUUCCUGGAGUACAAAGGCAAACAAGGCCUACCAAAUCCUGGUGUCUCAGGAAAACUGUUUGAACCCCUUAACAUGAUUUACUAAGCUCUUCAUAGUCUCUUUCCAAGCUAAUCUCUUCACUUUGCAUGUAUUUUUACUGCAGCCUAGAGGCAUGUGCUGGCUUUUCUCUGUGCCUUUGCUCACACUGUCCCUGAUGCUUAUUACCACCACUUCCUACUUGGCCUCUGUCUACUUUGCUGAACUUUAGAUUUCUUUUAAGAUUUGAUUCCAGUCUCAUCUUUGGGAACCCUCUGACUAAUCCUUAGCAAGUAUGUGUAUACACACACACACACACACACACAGAUAGAUAGAUAUAUACUUAGAAGUAUGGAAGAGCAUGUGGUAUGUAUCCACUUUAUGCUUUAAAGUGAAAAAAAAAUUUGGAUUCAUAAUUGUGUAUAUAGUACAGUUCUCAUAUAAUGUUUCAUAUACUAUGUACUGUUAAAAAGUAAUAGAUAAAUUACCUGAAGGAAAUAAAAAAAUGUUAUAAGUGGUUAAGUGACAUGUUCACAGCCAUACAGAAUUGCAGAGCUUAGACUCAAACUUGGUCCUGUAGAUUAUAGAAUUAUGGGUGAUUAAAAGUCAUUUUUUUCUUUUUAAGUAAUAUUUUCUAUAAGGAACAAGAACUUUAUAAUCAAGAAAAAAUUAUUAUAUUUACGUAUUUAGUUCUAUUGUAUUAACUCUAAACAGUAUUUUAAUUCUGUGUUUUAAGAUGUGGAAUAUACCCUGCCAUUUCUUUCUCCUUCCCCUUCCACCUCUCUGCCUCUGACAAUGUCAAGUCUGAUUCUUGAACUCUAUUCUGUAACCACAGAUAGUCUUUUAUGCUUUGUUUAUUGAUUUGCUCUAAAUGUUGAAAAUAAACAGCAUGAAUGUAAUGUAAAUGUUUACUGCAGAUUAAGUAGCUUACUAUGAUUUAUAUAUAUUAUUUUACUGGAGUUUUUAGUUGCCUUUCUUUUCCCCUUAUACUGGUUGCUUUUAGCACACUCUGAGUGAUUUUCAGAUUCUUCAUCUAAUUAGAUACUCUAUUGAGUCCCCUUUUUUCUCUUUAAGAGACCUCUAGUUUCUAGCUUCCCAUGCUAGUCUGCCCUUGAUGUUUUCCUGCCCCUUGUUUUGUUGUUAAAUGGGGCUUUGGUGUGUAUUGAAUUGUACAUGUUGCUCUUAUUUAUUAACUCAUUUCACUGCAGCACAACUUCCAAGUCACUGCCAAGAAAGAGUAUAUGGAAAACAAAAAUAUUGAGUGCUUAUAUAUCAAAAAAACAUCUUUCUCUGUCCUCCAGCUUGAUUGUUACUCUGGCUCUGAAAUUCUACAUUGAAAAAUUAAUCCAGAAUUUGUAGAUGCCUGGUUCCAGUCUGAUUCUUAUUUGACAAUCAAUAAAUACUGUUUGCAUUACUGAGAUCUUUUCCCCCACCCAGCCCCCAUCCCUGAAAGCUUUUAUAAAGUCUCCUCUUUAUUCUUGUGCACUUAAUUCUCCAGUGUACUCAGUGGAAUUUUUCAAUCUAGUGACUCAGGUUACUUCUAUUCUUGGAAAUGUUCUUGUAUUAUGUGAUAAUCUCCCCACCCCUUUUUCUCUUUUUAGUCUUUCUGGAAUCUUUAUCUGUCAUAUGUUGGACCUGUGGAUUGAUCCUCAGCUACUUUCUGUGUUAUUACCAUGUCCUUGUUUUGUGCUAUUUUCUGAGAGACUUUUGUUAUUUUUUAACCUGCUUAGCAAAUUUCUUAUUUUGCCAAUAUUAAUUUCUAAAAAGCUUUUCCUUUUCUGUUUGUUCCCUUUUUGUAGCAUACUAUUCUCAUUUUAGAGACACCUCUCAAUUCUGAGUGUUGUAAUUAGAAGAGUUUUCUUAAAGGUUUCUCUGUCAGCAGAUAUCUCACCCCUUCGUGUCCUUCCCCUGGGUCCUUUUUUCUCUUUGUUUACUCUCAUUAGAGACUUUCCUCAAAUAUGUUGUGAUUCUUACUGACAUAAACAAAUCUGUAUGUGUGUAUCAAAAGUCCAUUUGAGACCUCUGUGUGUGGGAGUGGGGUUUGCUCAGUUAAGAGGCUUUCUUCUAGAAUACUCGGAAGGAAACAAACUCUUCCCUGGAAAUCUUUCAGCUCUAGAAUGCUAUCUUUUGUCUGGGGCUUAUAUGCUUUGUUAGCAGGAACACCUCUGAUAUUUUGUCUGGGGUUUAGAUACCAUAAGUGCUUCUGUAGGAGUGGGAGAGAGGAAAGUCAAGUGUUAUUAAAGGCUUUUGGUUAAUGCCCUUAUUUUUAUCCUCACUUCUCCCUUCUACCCUUAAUGUACCUGGGGUUUCCAAGUCCCAAGUUGCUUUGGGAUUUGGCAGGGUAUGUCAGCUACCUCCUUGCAUUGUAUUGCCCUCAGCAAGUGUUCCAAGUUCUUACUCCCUCCAUGCAGCCUUCUCCAUUUUCCAUCUUACAGAGAUUUGUUCCCCUUAUCACAUCAUUAUUUAUAUAUUUUAAGCCAUUAUAAUUCAUUAUCAUCUUACAGGAAGAUAAAACAUUUUUUAAAAGACUGUUGAUAUGCUUUUAUAUUGCACUACCACUUAACUAUCCUAAAAAUGAGUAUUUUGGCAGUGAUUUAUAUACUUGUCAGUGUUACAGUUUUACCAAAAAAAAAAAAAAAAAAUCCAAGGGAAUAAUUAAAUUAUAAUAUGAUGGAAUAUUAUGCAACCACUAAAGAGCAUAAUUUAAAGGAUAUUUAGUGAUAUAAAAUGUUCCCGGUAUUAAAUGGAAAAUGCUAAGUACAAAAUUAAAUGGUAGGUACAGAUAGCUCAAUUUUCUUAAAUAUACGUGCAUAGAAAAGAUGAAAAAAAUAAGUACAUAGGGUGGUUAAUGGUUAAAUAUCACUGCUUUGUCUAUAUUUUCUACAAUACACCUCAGUUACCUUUAUGACCAGGAAGGGAAAAGCUAAUAAAAACACAAGAUGAUGGCUCAUAUGGAGUGAUGAGACAAUUUUGGGGGGUGUGGUAGUAGGGAGCAGCAGAGUAAGGGACUGGGGAAUAAAGAAACCAGUUACCAAGGACAAUGGUGGAUGGAAUUCGUUCGGGGAAUAUAUGUAACCUUAGUGAUUGUGAUGUAUACCUGGGGCUCGGCUGGUGAGGGGAGAAAGAAAUCUUGGAGACCAUACAGAUAGCUUUUGUCAGACUACAAGGGAGAUUCUGACUCAGUGGCCGGGGCAAGAAGAGAAUGGACAGAUGGAGCGAGCAGGCCUUAGGGGCAUGAAAGAUUAAGCCUCAAAUCCCCAAGCCAGAAAUCAGCUCCACAACCUGGUGAAACAUGACUUGUGACAAAUGGGUCCUGCCCAGGCCUAAGAAGCCCUGGUUUCCUUGUACUGCUCUGGGUCUGACCUGUGUUCACAGUAGUCAGUACUUCUGAGGUGUUGGGUGGGGAUUUGGGAGAUGCAACUCAAGUCCUAGCACACUAGUAGCAAGGUUGUAACAACCCCAUUUGUUAAGGGGUUCCUGUGUGGGAGACUUAAUGCCAAAUGUUCUUUAUUUCAUUUAGUCCUCACCUGAGGAAGAAAGUUCCUUUAUAAUCCCCAUUUUCAAGGAAUAUCUUCACAGGAUUAGAAUAACUCAGGCCAAAGUUUGUGCCCCUUCCUCCCAAGCUACUUUCUCCAUGUCCCUCCAGAGACCUUUCGCCUCAAAAGUUACAGAAGCAAACAAUGAAGAAUAAGUCUUCCUCCUAGCUCAGGGUACCCUGGUUGGGAGUACCCUGGAAAUAAGUGUUGCAAAUUUCUUGAUCCUUCCAAGGAGAGUGUAUGUAUUUACAGUCUUCUGUAUCCCCCUUUAAAACACACACUCAGAAACAGGACCUUAGGAUAUGCAAUGUCUACACUUUUUUUUUUUUCCAUUUAGUGUGUCUUGGAGAUGGUUCUAUAUUAGCCUAUAAGAUCUACCUCAUUUUUUUUUCUUUGCCAUGUGAUAUUGAAUUCUAUGGAUGUACCAUUAUUCAUGUAGCAGUAUCCUGUUGGUGGGCAUGUAGUUUCUUUUCUGUCUUUUGUUUUACAAACAGUGCCAUGCUAAAUCACCUGGUAUACCAUCAUGUUGUGUGCAACUUUGCAGUAUAAAUUGAUAAAGGGUAGGUACAUUUGAUUUUUGAUAGAAAUUGCAAAUGCAGUUCACAGUAUUUGUAUGAAAAUGCCCAUUUCCAUGAGUCUUCUAUAAAACUAUUAUUUUCUGGUCUGA